CAGGCUCAUAUGGUACAAGUGCGCAAACAAAGUGAGUUGCAGUAGCCGGGACAGGCUAGCCUCAGCCUGGACCAGUUGAACGGGCCGAGCUGGCCAGAGACAGGGUCACAAACACGCCCCAAACUUCUCCUAGUCUUCAUUUUUCUGACAUCCAUGGCGAUCGUCUCCCAUGCAUCGUCCCUACGCUACAUCAACCGUUACAAUUUCACCACCAAGCAGGCGAGCACCACCUCCUCGUCCCCGUCGUCUGCUCAGGGCAGCCGCGACAGCCGCCCUUCGUUGGCGUUAGUGCGCCGCGACGAAGUCACCGGCUCGACGUACCCGUCGCUUCGCCACGCGGUGCUCGACCUCGUGGCCCGCGACAAUGCGCGCGCCGAGUACCUCGCGACUCGCCUGUCUCCGGCGUACCAGCCGCCGGGCUUCUCUGGCUCGGAGUCGAAGGUGGUGUCGGGCCUCGACGAGGGCAGCGGCGAGUACUUGGUCCGCGUCAGCGUCGGCUCGCCGCCCACGGAGCAGUACCUCGUGGUGGACUCAGGCAGCGACGUCAUGUGGGUGCAGUGCAAGCCGUGCCUGGAGUGCUACGUGCAGGCGGAUCCGCUCUUCGAUCCCGCCACGUCGGCGACCUUCUCCGGCGUGUCGUGCGGCUCGGCCAUAUGCCGGAUCCUGCCUACCUCCGCGUGCGGCGAUGGUGAGUUGGGCGGCUGCGAGUACGAGGUGUCCUACGCGGACGGGUCCUACACCAAGGGCGCGCUCGCGCUGGAGACGCUCACGCUGGGCGGCACGGCGGUGGAGGGCGUCGUCAUCGGCUGCGGCCACCGCAACCGCGGCCUCUUCGUCGGGGCGGCGGGGCUGAUGGGCCUCGGCUGGGGCCCCAUGUCGCUGGUUGGGCAGCUCGGCGGCGAGGUCGGCGGCGCAUUCAGCUACUGCCUCGCGAGCCGCGGCGGCUACGGCUCCGGCGCUGCUGACGACGACGCCGGGUGGCUGGUGCUCGGGCGGAGCGAGGCGGUGCCGGAGGGCGCCGUGUGGGUGCCGCUGGUGCGGAACCCGCGGGCCCCGAGCUUCUACUACGUCGGCCUGUCCGGGAUCGAGGUCGGCGACGAGAGGCUGCCGCUGCAGGCUGGCCUGUUCCAGCUGACCGAGGACGGCGCUGGCGACGUGGUGAUGGACACGGGCACCACCGUGACGCGGCUGCCGCAGGAGGCGUACGCGGCUCUGCGGGACGCGUUCGUGGGAGCCCUGGCGGGCGCGGUCCCGCGCGCGCAGGGCGUGUCGUCGUCGGUGCUGGACACGUGCUACGACCUGAGCGGGUACGCAAGCGUGCGUGUGCCCACCGUGUCCUUCUGCUUCGACGGCGACGCCAGGCUGAUUCUGGCGGCGAGGAACGUGCUGCUGGAGGUGGACAUGGGCAUAUAUUGCCUGGCGUUCGCGCCGUCGUCGUCGGGUCUGUCCAUCAUGGGAAACACCCAGCAGGCAGGGAUUCAGAUCACCGUCGACUCGGCCAACGGGUACAUUGGUUUUGGACCUGCCAACUGCGGCUAG